UUAACGAGUGGAAACAGUACCUCAAGUCCAAGUCGAGUUCCUUCGAGUUUCAUGCCAUUUUCAACAGCAUGUGUGAUACCUUUUGGUUUGCUAUUUAUUUUAAUGUGCUUGGUCAGUAUAUUGGGAAAUUCGAUUGUUUGCUACAUCGUUUAUCAAAAACCCGCCAUGCGAUCAGCCAUAAACAUUUUAUUGGCGACAUUAGCGAUGGCCGAUGUGCUCACAGCAUCGCUGUGUAUGCCUUUUGCUAUCGUAUCCUUGAUUGCUCAGAGAUGGGUUUUUGGCGAUAUAUUUUGUCAAAUAAAUGCCGUUUUGUUUAGCUUCUUGGUGACAGAAGGGACCUUCGUAUUGUUGACGAUAUCAGUGGACCGUUUCAUGAUAAUUGUCCAACGCAAAGACACACUCACACCUCGAAAGGCGAAAAUGUACAUUGUUAUCUCUUGGAUUUUGGCAGUUGUGGUUGUUUUACCUCCCGUUUUCGGUUGGGGUAAAUAUGGUUAUGAGGUGGGUCAAAUUCAGUGCUCGCUGGAAUGGCCUAGCCGAAGCGCCAUUGAUUUAUCAUAUGGCCUGUUUUUUUUUAUCACAACAUUUUCAAUUCCGCUACUUGUAAUGACAUAUUGCUUCGGGUCUAUUUUAAGAACCGUUCGAAGGAACUCGACACGCAUUCAAAAUCACCCACCCGUACCUGGUGGGGUGAUGACUAAAAUGCACCGACCAGGCAAGAUGAACAUCGACUACAGUUUCAAGACAAGGGCUUUUACCACUAUAUUAAUCCUAUUUAUUCUCUUCGUGAUCUGCGGUUUUCCUUUCACUGUGAUCCGCUUUCAUUUGCUUUUUAAAGGAUAUGAGAAGUCAUUGUCUUACACAGCCGAUCUGGUAGUCGUCUUAAUUGCCUACUUAAACUCAACCCUGAAGCCCAUAAUUUAUUACAUUCGCAUCAGUAAAUUUCGAGAAGCCUGCUUGGAUAUUAUGCCUUCUUGGUGUCACGUUCCACACUGUUUACCAGGACGGACGAUGAGGCGCAUACGACCACAUGUAGUUUAUGAGGUGGACAAAAAAUUUGCAACGUCAGUGCUUUAA